AUGACCGUUGAUGUUGACAUACGCACAGCAUGCUCCUUUCCUAUCAUCGCUCGCCGCUUUCCCAAACUCCCCAUUCCGCACCGCUUUCUCUUCCUCUCCAGGCAUUUCGGUACAGGUGUCCUCAUCGCAACGGCAUUCAUCCAUCUCCUCCCUACCGCAUUUAUAUCCAUGACCGAUCCUUGUCUGCCGGACUUCUGGACACAGACAUACCCGCAAAUGCCCGGGCUUAUUGCCAUGUUGUCGGUAUUCAUGGUAGUGGGCAUUGAAAUGUUCUUUGCAAGCAAAGGGGCCGGACACAGUCACGCGGCUGAGUGGGAAAAGAUUGCCCGAGAACAGUCCACAGGAGAAGGAGGAUCGUCUACUUAUGGCAAUGGACAUAUUCCAUUAGAUCGCCUGCAAGUGCCAACAACGCCGUAUACAGAUGCAUCACCGAUACCUCGCGACUCGGCGUCCAGCGACUCGGAUUUGGACCUGGACGACCUCGAUCCCGCCACCGACGAAUCCGCAACAUUGAGUAACCCGCACAGGCGCAAAAUCUCCCAGCAUGAAAACAACUUUCAUGGUCACUCUUCCAAAGAUGACGAGAACCCCCAACGUCUCUUUCUCCAGUGCCUGCUCCUUGAAGCCGGCAUCCUCUUCCACAGCAUCUUCAUCGGCAUGGCCGUCUCCGUUGCGCAAGGCACGCAAUUCGCUGUCCUGCUUAUCGCCAUUUGCUUCCAUCAGACCUUUGAAGGAUUUGCGCUCGGCUCGCGCAUUGCGGCACUCAUACCUGCGCUGUUCGACGCUUCUUCGCCCAAACCCUGGCUAAUGGCUCUCGCGUAUGGCGCGACAACACCCAUUGGCCAGGCAAUGGGAAUCGUCUUGCACUCUUUGUAUGACCCUGCGAGCAAGGUGGGACUGUUGAUGGUCGGUAUCACGAAUGCCAUCUCCAGUGGUCUUUUGCUUUUUGCUGGGCUGGUGCAAUUGAUCGCAGAGGACUUCCUUAGUGAAAAGAGCUAUGAGGUUUUGAAGGGCAAACGAAGGAUCGAAGCAUGUCUCGCUGUGGGCUUGGGAGGGCUAUUGAUGGCGAUAGUGGGAGCAUUUGCCUGA